UGAACAGGACAGUGACAGGCUGGGUGGAACCCUUCAAAGUUGCAGAGCCUUGUAGGAGAGUGAGUUUGAAACAGUGCAAGUUUAGAUUAGGUGGCGGUAAUUGUUGUGUAAAAGAGGAGGAAGACGUUCAAGAGAGAGAGAAAGAAAAAAGAUAAAGAGAAGAUAUUGCACUUAAAAAGGGGGUCGGAGAUCUCGUUGCCCUUUGGGGUCUGCUGUUGUCUGUGUGACUGGCAGAUUGCAGGAACGCAUUGACAGGAACUACAAAACCAUGAGAGCGAAUGCUCAGGUUCUUGAAGAGAAUUUCAUGCCCUUAAACCCAACACAACAAGUGCCGCAACCCGGUAAGCACAUAAAACCCAUGACUGCUCCACAGGCUCAGAAGGUGAAAAGGCCACCCAAGAAAAAGACCAUCAUUACGGCACUGAUGGUUUUGGUCAUACUGGCCAUUCUGGCUGUGGCUGCUUACUUCAUCAAGCAGCUGAUCGACAGUAAGUAUUUCUUUUGCUCCAAAUCGGUGAAGUUCAUUCCACUGGAGAACGCCUGUGAUGGCAAGGCAGACUGCAGCGGAGCCGAGGAUGAGUCUGCCUGUGUAAUGAAGUACAAAGCCAACUCCACCUUCCCUUUGCGGCUAAUCUCAUCACGUAAUGUCCUUCAAGUUUACAGCCCUAAUGAGGGUAUAUGGAAAAGUGUGUGUUCAGAGGGUUUCGCCAAAGAACAUGCCGAUACCGCUUGCCAACAGCUGGGAUACUCAGCUAAUCCAUCUUACAGCACAGUUCAAGUGGGCCUUCUGUCCUCUGGUCUGAAGAUGUCUUUCUGUGCUGUGGGCUCAAGUAAACCUCAGACAUUUCUGUCCACCGUCUCAGAUCGCAAGGUAUGCAGUACGGGAACAGUUGUCACGUUAACAUGCUCAGUUGACUGUGGUAUGAGCAGAAACCAGGACAGGAUUGUUGGUGGACAGGAUGCAAUCAUUGAGAACUGGCCCUGGCAGAUCAGCCUGCAGAACAGUGGCCAACACACUUGUGGAGGGUCACUGGUGUCUCCACGCUGGGUUGUCACUGCAGCCCACUGCUUCAAUGGGGAGGGUAAGAAGGACCUGAGCAGAUGGAAGGUAGUCUCUGCAAACACAUAUCUGGGAUCUUCUGGGGCUUCUUCUGUGGACAAGAUCAUCAUCAAUGGAGAUUACAACUCAGCAAAGAAUGACUACGAUAUUGCCAUGAUAAGACUCCAGUCUCCGAUUACUGUGGGAGAAUCCCGUAGGCCAGUGUGUCUGCCCCCUCAAGAUCUUGGCCUCAAAGGAGGAGACAAUUUAGUCGUGACCGGCUGGGGCCAUCUGAAGGAGAAAGGAAACCUGUCUCCAAACUUACAAAAGGCUCAGAUCCGUCUGAUAGACAGAGACCAGUGCGCGAGUACCGCAGUCUAUGGGAACAGUGUGACUCCCAGGAUGAUCUGUGCAGGUUUUCUAGCGGGCCAGGUGGAUGCAUGCCAGGGUGAUAGCGGUGGUCCUCUGGUGUAUUCAUCUAGCCGCUGGAUGUUGGUGGGGGUCGUGAGCUGGGGUUUGGGCUGUGCCAGACAAGAUCAUCCUGGUGUCUACACCAAUGUGGACCAGAUGCUCGACUGGGUCCAUUCGGUCAUGCAGGAAUUUCAGUGAGUCUGAAGGGAAGGAGGACACACCCGAGUCAAACCCUCAGCAUUCAUCAUUGAUCCACAAAGAUUUUCAGUACACAAAAGUAGAUGUCAGACAGAUGACACACACACACACACACACACACACACACACACACACACACACAAAACACAUGUUAGUGCGGCUAUCCUUAUGAGGACUCUCCAUAGACAAAAUGAUUUUUAUACUGUACGAACUAUAGAUUUUAUCCCCUAACCCUAACCCUCAUAAAAAACUUUCUGCAUUUUUACAUAAAAAAAAAAACCCAUUAUUUUGUAUGUUUUUUUUAAGCGAUUUGAAUUAUGGGGACACUAGAAAUGUCCUCAUAAACCACAUUUAUAGCAUAAUACCCAAACCCAUACACACACACACACA